AUCUCUGAUCAUCAGUUAUCUGGUUCUAACACAGCCUGCUAGAAGAACCUGCUCAGGAGAAAUGGAAAACCUACUGAAGCUCUGUCUCUUUCUUCUCUGCUUUGAAACAGGCUUUGCUCUACAGUGUGUGAAGUGUCAGUCUUACAAAAAUGGGAAUUGUGUUCCAAAUAAGGAGACAUGCACUGCACAAUCUGGUGAAACGUGUUUGAUCCGCAGAACCUGGUACUCAACUGAAAUUCAAAAUCUUCAAAAUGUUGAGGCUUACUGCUCGAAUUCUUGUAAAAAUGAAGAAACAACUUCUGGAUAUAUAACAAGACAUACAUAUUGCUGUAAUUUUGCAGACUUCUGCAAUGAUGUUAGUUUACCAAUCGUAAUGACUUAGCAUAAGAUAAUUCCAGUUGAACUCAUCAGCCCUUACUUUUCAUCUUCCAUUGAGUUUUAUCUUUACUCUGGACUACACAUUUUUCUGGUAAUCAGUAUUGUACAACUCACAGAACCUGGGAGCAUAUAGAAAUUUCUUGCUCUUCUGAAUGUCUGUUUGAUCAUAUAGUCUAAUUCUUGUGCUUGGUAUCCCUAGCCUUAUUACCAUGAGUGUAGUUGAAUCUUGGUUGAUUAACCAUUAAUUCAUUUAUCACUUCAGUGUGGUUGGUUAAAAUAAAUGAAUGGAUUAAAAAAUGUAAACUGUCAAGAAGAGUGUGAACAUUCCCAGUAUACUUUGUACAAUGUGCACCUUAUGAACUUAGAAUUUUCCUCAUUGUGACUUUCACUUCCAAUUUACAAUUUAAAGGAGGAAAAGGUUGUUGUGGGUUCUGCUUUUGCCCCUUAACUGUCUUGUUCCAUGGCUAUCAGCCUGUAAUGAGGCUGAAUUUCAUGACAGCAAAAGGCCAUGGCACACCAAAGCUGCUCAUCCACUGGCAUCCAAAAUGUAGCAAGACAGAGUGAGGACCAGAGCAAGAUAUGAAAUACACUCAGUGGCUUAUGCAUGCUAAGUACACUGAAAAGAAAGGCACCUGAAUGAACAAGUUUCCGUGAAUGACAAAAAUCACUGCCUCAA